AUGACUUCACCUAAAUAUUUAUUUAUUGGUCCAAUUGUUCAAACAAUUAAAUCUGGAGCUAGUAUUGAAUUACAAAUUAUUGAAAAAGCUGGUAUAGUCGUCCAAGAUGGGCAGAUACUUGAAAUCAUUAACAGACCGAAUAAAUCAGAAAUAAAAGCAGAUAACAUUACAAUAUUAGAAAAAGGACAAUUUUUCACUCCAGGAUUCAUCGAUUGUCAUGUCCAUGCUGUCCAGCUACCGAAUAUAGGCCUCGGUUACGACAAAAGUCUUCUCGACUGGCUAGAAGCUUAUACAUUUCCUCUAGAAUUACAAUUCUCAGACAAUUCUUUCGCUGAAAAAGUAUUUGAAGCGGUCGUGAUUUAUUUAUCAAGAAUUUUCAAACAGAAACGUACGUUAUCACUAGGAACAACGACUGCUUGUUACUUUGCUUCGCUGUACAAUGAAGCUUCUUUGAUUCUGGCUGAAAAAGCUGUCAAGUAUCACCAACGCGCUUUUGUUGGGAAGCUUAAUAUGGACAGAGUACGCGAUGAUGAUUAUUAUGAAAGGACAGAUAUCUCUGUUGAUAAUACCAGAAAAUUUAUUGAUGAUGUUUAUAAACUUAAAUCUUCUCUAGUCAAUCCUGUUAUCACUCCGAGAUUUGCAUUGAGUUGUUCGAUGAAAUUGUUAAAACAUUUGGGAGAAAUCGCUAAAGAAAAUAAUCUUCUUGUUCAGACACAUGUAUGUGAAAAUACCGGUGAAAUAGAAGAAUGUAAAUCAUUAUUUCCCGACUGUCCGACUUAUAUGUCUGUUUAUGAACAAGCUAAUUUAUUAACAAAUAAGACUGUACUAGCUCACGGAGUUUUCCUCGAAGACAGUGAGUUAAAAAUUUUAGCCAAACAUAAUUCAUCAAUAAUUCACUGUCCAUCUUCGAAUACUUUCUUAAGAAGCGGGCUCUGUGAUAUCCAGAGACUGAGAAGAAAUAAUAUUACCGUAGGCCUAGGCACUGACGUAGCAGGUGGUAAUUUUAUGUGUAUGCUGGAUGUAAUGAGAUCAGCGCUAGAAGUAUCAAAUCAUAUUGGAUUCAUCCAAGGUGACUCUUAUAAGCCGAUUGAUUUUGUCGACGCUUUUUAUUUAGCAACUUUAGGCGGAGCUGAAGCUCUGUCAAUAGAUAGCCAAGUGGGAAAUUUAAUCGCUGGGAAAAAAUUCGACGCUUUGGUCAUUGAUUUACAAGCGAAGGAUUCACCACUAGACAAUUUAAAAAAUUUAACGCUUAAGGAACAAUUGCAACGAUUAAUAUACUCUGGAGACGAUCGUAACAUUGUAAACGUUUACGUAGAAGGUCAUAAAGUUAAAUGA